AUGGGUCAGCAGCAAGGAGGGGAUGAAGCCUUGUCCACCGCGCCGCCUUCCCGUAGCUGGAGCAUCCUUGGGGGAAGCCUUGCCAAUGCACUACACACCUGCACGUCGGGAAGACCUCGACCUUUUACUGUUUCAAAUAAUUCCUUGAGGAGUGCCCUGCAGCAGCUAGAAUGUUAUUUUACAUGGCCUUUGCUGAAGGAUGAUGUGGAUCUCAAUGACCUAGAGGAGAAAAUAGGCUAUCAGAUUGAGUUUUUAAUAAAAGCCAGGAUCAGAAGUUAUAAUCUACUAUCCUAUGUAUGCCACCUAAAGAAUUCAAAUGAGGAAGCCCUGAGAACUCUCCAAAAAGCUGAAGAAGAAGUUAAAAAAUAUCAUCCAGAUGAAAUUGCCAGGAGAAGUCUUGUAACCUGGGGGAACUAUGCCUGGAUCUAUUACCACAUGGAGAGAUAUGAAGAAGCUCAAACUUACGUAAGCAAAGUGGAAAACAGCUGCAAAAAGCUUUCAAGUACUCCUCAUUGGAAAGCUCAGCUUCCUGAGAUCUAUGCUGAGGAAGGAUGGGCACUAAUAAAAUUUGGGGAAAAACACUAUGAGAGAGCAAAGAUUUGCUUUGAAAAUGCUCUGCAGAAUGAACCAAACAAUCCAGAAUUUAAUGCUGGCUAUGCAAUAGCGAUGUAUCGUUUGCAAUAUCAUUUUAAGAGUCAAAGACAGUCCCUGGAGCUCCUGAAGCGUGCAGUAGAACUGGAUCCAGAGAAUACUUCUGUUGUGGCAUUACUUGCAGUAAAACUUCAGGACUUAAGGCAAACUGAUGAAGGGGAGAGAUACAUUGAAGAAGCAAUGAAGAAAACUCCUGAUCAUCCUGAUGUCCUGCGAUAUGCUGCCAAAUUUUACAGAAGGAAAGGAGAAUUGGACAAAGCAGUGAAGAUUUUGAAGAAGGCCUUAACAGUGACACCAAAUUCUGCCACUUUGCUUCACCAGCUAGGACUCUGCUACAGAUCAGAGUUGAUUCAACUGAAAAAGGCUGAAAUACACCCACCUCAAGAGCAAGUGGAUAGACUCAUCGAACUUUGCAUUUUUCAUUUUAAAAGUGCAAUAGACAAAAAGACAACAUUUUUUCAUUCAUAUAUGGACCUGGCAAACAUGUAUGCAGAAGGAAAAAGGUAUAAAGAAGCAGAAGACACUUUUCAGAAAGCAUUUCAGGUAAAUAAUCUAUCCAAUAAUGAUAAACAACAAUUCUACUACUGUUAUGGCAACUUUAAGCUCUUUCAUGUGAAAAAAGAAUCUGAAGCCAUUGAGCAUUACAUAGAUGUGCUGAAAAUUAAAGAAGAUUCUUUUUACUCCAGUAAGUGCAAAAAUGUUCUUGAGAAAUUGUUGGAGAAGAGAAUUCAGAGAGGUUCAAGAGAUGCAGCAGAUUUUGGCAGACUUGGACUUGUUCAUAAUCUAAGUGGUGAGAAACAUCAAGCAAUCAAGCGCUAUGAAGAAGCACUUGCAUUGCAUCCUGACAAUGAAGACUAUUUGAGUGCCUUAUGUGAGCUACGACUUUCCAUCUCAAACUAAAGCUACCCAAAUCCUUCAUACUUAAAAAAUCCCAACACCACAACCCAGGACACCAAA